AUGGCGCCCCACGCCUCCCACGCCGGCGCCGCGCUCGCGCGCCUCCCCCUCCGCCGCACCCCGAACUCCCUGCCAAAGCAAGCCUCGCUGUCCCUCCGCGCGACCAAGGACUCGGACGGGUUCAGGCCUCUGGUCUCCGAGAAGCCCGAGUGGCCGGCACCAGCGAAGCGGGAGGGAUUGGAGGUCUUCGGCCGGGAGGCGAGCAAUGGGGAGGAAGACGGCCAGGUGCAGGGCGAACCGGCUCCCUGGAGCGUUCUCAACCAGCUCGGUGUUGAGUUGGAUUCUGACAGUUCAUAUACUGCUCUAGUCUAUGGGUCAUCUGCCCUUGUUGCUAUUUGGAUGUCAUCAAUAGUGGUUUCUGCACUUGAUUCAGUCCCAGUGGUUCCUCAGGUGAUGGAAGUUGUUGGCCUUGGCUUCACUGUCUGGUUCACCUCACGAUAUCUGAUAUUUAAGGAGAACAGGGACGAGUUGAUCACCAGAAUUGGCUCCAUCAAGAAGCAGCCCAAGCUCGAGCUCGACGAGGACGACAUGGCGGAGUUCGUGGAGCUCGAUAGACAGUUCAUGGCCGACACUGAAAGCGCGGCGACGAAGCUGGAGGAGGAGGAUGGGGCGAGGAGUAGAAAACUGGACGACAUGCUCCUCUCCGUGUGUCCCCUCCUGUUCCCCUCACGCAAAGAUCGCCUGUCACCUCUCAGCCUCUCGCCGUCGGUCUCCGCCGUUCAGAUCUUUCCGCCCCCGGCCGCCGGCGACAGCGCCUCUCACACGUGCGACUCCCCGCCGUGCCGCCGCGAGCGCAGGAACGGCCGCGUCCACCCGCCAGGACGCUGCCCACCGCGACCUCCGCCGCCGAUGGCGUCAAUCUCCGGCGCGGCGGCGCCGCCCUCUUCCUCCCCCUGCCGCCUCCGUCUCCGGCGGCAGCUCCUCCUGCGCCCGUCCCACCUCCGCCUCCGCGCGCCCCACUCCAUCGCCUCCUCCCCCCACUCCUCCUCCUCCUCCUCCUCCCACGCCCCGGCCCCGCCGCUCGCAUCCAAGCAGCCCGCGCACGCGGUCGAGAAGGACCCGAUCAAGCUCUGGGACCGCUACGUGGACUGGCUCUACCAGCACAAGGAGCUCGGCCUCUUCGUCGACGUCAGCCGCAUGGCCUUCACCGCCGAGUUCCUCCACCGGAUGGAGCCGCUCCUGCAGCGGGCCUUCGUCGCCAUGGGGGAGCUCGAGAAGGGCGCCAUCGCCAACCCCGACGAGGGCCGCAUGGUCGGCCACUACUGGCUCCGCGACCCCGGGCUCGCGCCCAACUCCUUCCUCCGCACCAAGAUCGAGAACACCGUCGACCACAUCCUCGCAUUCUCGCAGGACGUCGUAUCGGGCAAGAUUAAACCUCCGUCAUCUCAGGCUGGUCGUUUUACCCAAAUACUCUCUAUAGGAAUUGGAGGAUCAUCUUUGGGGCCUCAGUUUGUUUCUGAGGCGCUUGCGCCCGAUAACCCCCCGUUGAAGAUACGAUUUAUUGACAAUACCGAUCCUGCUGGAAUCGAUCAUCAAAUUGCUCAACUAGGGGCAGAACUUGCAUCUACUCUUGUAAUUGUAAUCUCAAAGAGUGGUGGUACACCUGAAACACGGAAUGGUCUACUAGAAGUACAAAAGGCCUUCAGAGAUGCUGGAUUGGAAUUCUCGAAACAGGGUGUUGCAAUUACUCAAGAAAAUUCUUUAUUAGAUAACACUGCCAGAAUAGAGGGGUGGUUAGAUCGUUUUCCUAUGUUUGAUUGGGUUGGUGGUAGAACAUCAGAAUUGUCAGCUGUGGGGUUACUUCCAGCUGCAUUGCAGGGUAUCGAUGUCAAGGAAAUGCUUAUUGGUGCAGCACUAAUGGAUGAAGAGACCAGGAACACUGUGGUUAAGGAAAAUCCAGCAGCAUUACUUGCAUUAUCUUGGUAUUGGGCUACAGAAGGAGUAGGCAAUAAGGAUAUGGUUGUACUUCCGUACAAGGACAGUCUGCUACUUUUGAGUAGAUAUUUGCAACAACUUGUCAUGGAAUCUCUUGGGAAAGAGUUUGACCUUGAUGGCAAUCGGGUUAAUCAAGGGCUAACUGUAUAUGGUAACAAAGGAAGCACAGACCAGCAUGCCUACAUUCAACAGCUGAGAGAAGGGGUGCACAACUUCUUCGUUACUUUUAUCGAGGUUUUGCGUGACAGGCCUCCCGGUCAUGAUUGGGAGCUUGAACCUGGAGUUACAUGUGGUGAUUACUUGUUUGGGAUGUUGCAGGGUACACGUGCUGCUCUUUAUUCUAAUGACCGGGAGUCCAUCUCCGUUACCGUGCAAGAAGUAACUCCCAGAGCUGUUGGAGCACUGGUGGCACUCUAUGAACGUGCAGUUGGGAUUUAUGCUUCUCUAGUUAACAUCAAUGCCUAUCAUCAGCCUGGUGUUGAGGCAGGAAAAAAGGCAGCAGGAGAGGUAUUGGCACUUCAGAAGAGGGUGCUGACUGUCAUGAAUGAAGCCAGCUGCAAAGACCCUGCUGAACCAUUGACUCUGGAACAAAUCGCAGAUCGCUGUCAUUGCCCAGAAGAUAUUGAGAUGAUAUACAAAAUUAUUCAGCACAUGGCAGCAAAUGAUAGAGCGCUUAUAGCAGAAGGCAGCUGUGGUUCUCCUCGAAGCGUCAAGGUUUAUCUUGGCGAAUGCAAUGUAGACGACCUAUGAUUGCCUUCUAGAUCUUCAGGUUUGGAUUUGUGUAAAAUAGGGUGGUCUCCUGAAAUAAAAGGAACAGCACCAAUGGCUGGGCCAUGCAUGUUCCAGAUGUGCCAUUAGUUUCUUAUUUGGUUGUGAUGACACGGUUGACGUGACCUUGUACUUUAGGGUACAGUUUUUUUUUUUCUCUUUUUGAAGUGCUACCAAAUUACAAAACAAAGGACGGAUACCCUGCACACGUUACUUCGUUUAAACUUAUCUUUGUCAUCAAUGUAUUCUGUUUAAUCUCCA